UAAAUCCGAACUCGAUUGAAUUCAACAUAAAAAAUGCUGUCUACAAAUUUCUUCUUCUACUUGUUGGUGAUUGCAAUGCUGCUGGUCUUCACAGCACCUGCAGCUGAGGGUACCUUCUUCCUCAUCGCUUGCUUGUUGCGAUCACCGCUGUGUCCAUUCCGUACAACGACUCCUGCAUCAGCCUAAUACACCUAAUACACUCGGAUUAAUUGGUUUCAUAUUGUGCAUAAAGAAAUAAAAAUGAGUAUAUAAGUUUGCAUUGAA